AAGUGAGGUGUGUCCACUUUAAGAUGAGCCAAAAGUAAGGUGAGGCAAUAGGAGGAGGAAAAGGACAAGAGAGAAGGAGACAGAAGCUCAAGGUAUUGUAGAACUUGGCAUCAUUCAAGGGGCCAGGAUUAUCCUAAAGAUACCAUAGCAGGGUUGAAUUUAUCAGUUGCUAGUUGGGAAGAAAUAGGCAUUCUAACAAUAGAACCCAUCCUAUGGAACAUUUGUAGCAAAAUUUUAUAAAGCCACUAUGCAGUAUUGAUGUUUUCCAAUUAUAAAAGCUCUGGAUGUAUGGCUCUUCUCCCCUAAUAGCUUUGCUAUUAGUAUCUUGCAAGAUAAAAAUACAUCUUUCUCAGCUAUUAUUUUGAAAGGAGCACUUAUGAAUCACGAAAUGACUGUGUUGUUGUUUGUGAGGUGCACUUUGCUUUCAAUCUGCAACAGGAGUUGCGAGUGACUCAGGAGCUGUGGAAGGGCAGGGCAAGCAGGACAUAAGUAAGGGAAAGAAGAAUGCUGGCUUGGGAAACCCUGCAGCAUAUAAAAUCAUAGAAUUGUCGAGUGGGAAGGGAUCCCGAGGAUCAUCUAGUCCAACCCCCUGCAAUUUCUUUGGGUUGUAUCCAAUGUAGUGCUAAGUUUAAAAAGAUUGACAAUGAACUUGUUUCACUCGCUCAGGAAUAAGGAACCUGCGGCCCUCCAUGAGUUUUGUGGACUACAGCUCCCACUGUUUUUUAUCAUUGCCCAAGCUAGCAGGGGCUGCUGGGAACUGGAGUCCAAUGGCAUCUGGUGGGCCACAGGUUCCCCAUCCUUGCAGAUUGUCCUGUUCAAGUGUCUCCUCUUGUGCAAGGGGUUCUGCAGUUGGACAGCUUGUAUUCAUAUGUACAAUUUGUACAGAAAAGAAAAGGAAAUUCUACCACAUUUCCACCAACCCAAGCUCUUGUGUAACCAUUGCAUUUAUUUUCCCAGAACUUGGUUGCUGCUUUAUUUCUAUAGGUUAGUUUAUUUUACCUUAUUUUAGCUCUGCUUGAGUUAUCAGCUGUGUUUUAUUCUGUAUAAUGCUUUCAGUACUGAUGCAGUUUAAUACUGACGCCAUUGACCGCCACCUUGAAGCUGAGGUAGUAGAUAGUAUAUAAAUAUUUUAAUGAAUGAAGAAAUAAAAUGAAAUAAAAAUGAAUGGUUUUACCCACGGUCUUGUUGUAGACUGCUAGCACAGUCUGAACUCUGUUGACAACAUUGCUACAAUUAUUACGGAACAAUAAGAAUGUCACCAAAAUGGCAAUACAGUACAUUGUUUCUGGCCAUUAAAUAUCUGAGAGUUAUUAAUAUCUUGUCCCACGUGCCCCAGAUCUCCUUUCUGGUUGAAGUGGGGCACCUGUUGAAGAAGAAGAAGAAGAAGAAGAAGAAGAAGAAGAAGAAGAAGAAGAAGAAGAAGAAGAAGAAGAAGAAGAAGGAGAAUUAUUUAUUAUUUAUAGCCCGCCCAUCUGGCUGAGUUUCCCCAGCCACUCUGGGCGGCUUCCAAUCAAGUGUUAAAAACAAUACAGCAUUAAAUAUUAAAAACUUCCCUGAACAGGGCUGCCUUCAGAUGUCUUUUAAAGAGAAGAUAGCUGCUUAUUUCCUUCACAUCUGAAGGGAGGGCGUUCCACAGGGCAGGCACCACUACCUAAAAGGCCCUCUGUCUGGUUCCCUGUAACCUCACUUCUUGCAAUGAGGAAACCACCAGAAGGCCCUCAGCGCUGGAUCUCAGUGUCUGGGCUGAAUGAUGGGGGUGGAGACGCUCCUUCAGGUAUACAGGACCGAUGCCGUUUAGGGCUUUAAAGGUCAGCACCAACACUUUGAAUUGUGCUCGGAAACGUACUGGGAGCCAAUGCAGAUCUCUCAGGACCAGGGUUAUGUGGUCCUGGUGGCCACUCCCUGUCACCAGUCUAGCUGCCGCAUUCUGGAUUAAUUGCAGUUUCCGGGUCACCUUCAAAGGUAGCCCCAUGUAGAGCGCAUUGCCAUAGUCCAAGCAGGAGAUAACUAAAGCAUGCACCAUAAGAUAACUAGAGCAUGCACCACUCUGGCAAGACAGUCCGCAGGCAGGUAGGGUCUCAGCCUGCAUACCAGGUGGAGCUGGUAGACAGCCAGGUGGAGCUGGCAGAAUUGCAUUUUCCAUGGCACCCAAUUUUCCCAGAUGCACCACACAUGGAUGGGAGUGCUUUACCAGCUCACAAAUCCUGUAGCUGUCAUCUUGUGAAUAGGUACCUACCUGGCCCACUUCCCAGUACUUACGGAGAGUGAUGGCAUGGCCAGGAGGGUGCGAUUGCCAGCGCCACAUGCUUCUGGGAGACUUUGUAAGCAAGCAGUCCCUUGAACGUGCAAUGCAUGCCAGAAGACUAGAAACACUAGGAAAUCAUCGUUCUUAUGGUACCCAGCUUCUACUUACAUGUAGUGAUAUUCAAGAGUUCAGUGAAACAGAAGCCUUUGUGUCUUGAAUGGAGAUGGGCAAGCCACCCCUUCCUUCAGCCUCUGAUGCGAUUUGGAGGAAAGGGGAGCAGAAAGGCCUCAUUCAUUGAGCAAAGACUGAGCUGGGUUCUGAGGUUUUCAGUCUGUGAUGUGUAGGGACGUCAUUUAUCCCCACCACCACCAUAUAUAUAUAUAUGCACAUGCAUAUAUGUAAAUUUAAGGAAAUAAACACAGUGGAACCCUGAUUUCUGAACGGCUUAGUUGCCAAACAAAAUGGCUCCCAAAUGCUGCAAACCUGAAAGUAAGUGUUCUGGUUUGUGAACUUUUUUUGGAAGCUGAACAUCCGACACGGCUUCUGCUUGAGUACAGGAAGAUCCUGCAGCCAAUCGGAAGCCGUGCCUUGGUUUUCGAAGUUUCGGGAGUCGGAGCGACUCCCAGAAUGGAUUAAGUUCGAAAACCAAGGUACCACUGUAAUACUAUAAGUUAAAUAAAAAUGCAAUGUAUCUCACCAUAAUGAGGAAGACUGUGACCUCAUGUAUGUGCCAUUCAGCUGCUAACUGAAGAUGGGUUACUUUAAGGCCCCUGUUCUCAUUUCUUAGGGGUCUUUAUCUUUCAACCAGUGUUGAUCCUCUAUUAGAAGGUUCUUCGGUUCGUGUUCUGCAAAGUAGAACACCUGGCUACUUUAAUGUCAUUUCCUCACAUUAGCAAUACCUAAUGAUACCAACUGCUGCUGUUGGCUUUGUGCACAGCAUACAUUUUAUGCACAGCAUACAUGCCCCCCCCCCCAAGAAUCCUGGGAAUGGUAGUUCAAGAAUGCUGAUAAUUGUAGCACUACGAGGGAUAAGCUACAGUUUCCAGGAUUUUUGGGGUUGGUGCUUUAAAUGUAUGGUAGGUAUGCAGUCAUUGUUUGUUUUCAGAUUAGGAUACAGACUCCAUUGGGUCUGGUCUGGAGCUAUGUAUCCUUUGAUUUUUCCUGAUUCUCUCCCCCCCCCCCCAUUGCUAAAGCAGUAUGGAUAUAGGUCUGUAUCCUUUUGCCAUAUAUUCACAUUGUGUGAUCUUCAAGACCUGAGUGUCCUAAAUCUUACCUGUAGACAGAUGUUUGUAGACGUGCUUCUUGAAAGACCUGUAUGAUGCUGGAGUUACUAUUUAACACAAUAGUAUUUCAGAGCUUAGCUAUGCUCAAGGUGCAUCACGUAGAUAAGAUUUUACAGUUUGCUAAUGGUUCUUGCAGAAAUCAUUGUAGUGAAAAAGCAAAGGUUGCCUAUAAGUCACACAGUGGUUCAAAUAAUAUUUCUGGAAAGGCAUCAUAAAACUAUUUCCCUAAAACCUCCCUUUCAGCUGCUUAAAGAAAUGAGAUGGCGACUCAUUCACGACAUUACGUUAAUGUUUAAAUAGGUUGUUCAGCAAAAAAAAACAUGGUUUGGGCUCCUUGUUCAAGAAAAUGCUGCUUCAUUAUUUGAUGGUGGCUUCCAUUCCUGCAAGCUCACCUAUGCAAUCUUAAUAAGUAACCUAAAAGCUGACUUGUGUGAUUUAGUAACAAUGUGGGAAAUUUGUGUCUAAAUUGCUGAUCUUUGCUUCCUUUUCCUGUUCUUGGGAUGGAACCCUUUGGUUUUAUUCUAUCGAAAUCUAUUCAGAACCUUAUUUCUGCUGCAGUGUUUUGGGGAAAAAUCUGUUGGACGUUUGCUUGCCAGUGGUGGAUUGAACCAAAGCUGUCAGAGACAAAAAGAUGCUGGACUAACUAAUUUCAAAAAAAUGACAUUCCUGAUUCAGUUGUCACCAUGUCUAUGCCAGAUCAGAAUUCCUAAUCCCAUGCAGGUCUGUCAGAAGUAAGCCCUGUAAUAGGAAUGCAGAACAGUUAGUACAGCAGACCAAUACAGCUCCUGAACUAGAAAUCUAGGGAAAGUACUUCCUUUCUGAUUUUACUGUGUUAUACACACAAAUGGCAGAAGUCUACCAAUUUAUUCUCAGACAGCAAGAGAAAAAUUUAUCCCUGCCCCGCAAGUUGGACAAUAUUGCCCCUUUCAAUUGUCCUGAAAAUGCAUAGAAAGAUGAGGGAACACUUUUUGAAAAUAAGGAGGAAGCAAAAAGAAAAGGAGGAGGGAACUAUGAGAGAAUGGAAGAUUGAGCAACAUGAGGAGGUGCCCAGGAGGUCAUGUCAAAGCUAUAUGAAAUCCUCAGGUUGCCCACCUGCCAGCAUCUCUGUUGCUGUUAUCUGGCUACAUAUUAAGACCUCCACAAGGAGAGAAUCCUGUGACUGUGAGUAGGACUGCCAGUGGGAAUUUAUUUAUUAUAAAGGUAGGAAGCAUCCCCUUAGAUGCUUUUUCUUUUUCAUUUUAACCGGUGCUAGGCUGCAGAAACACUCCAUUAACAGGAUGUGCUUUCUCCUAUUCUACCUUGCUCAGCUGGUACACUUUCUUCUCUUCCACAAUUGUCCUUGUUCAUUUUUUUGUGGCGCUACCAGUGUUUGUUUAAUGAAGAAAUGUGUUGCUAUUGUGAAAGGUUAACUGGAAGUCCUUUACAAGUGUGACGUGCAAACAAUCAUCGCCAACCUACUUCAAGGUGCAGAGUGCAUAUACUCUGUUCACAGAGAACAUGAAAGCAGAGGGGAAACGUAGAUGGCCCCAAUGAAGAAAAAUAAUCCAGACUGAAUGUUAGAGCAGAUUUUAUUUUUUACCACUUUACCCACAAGAUGGUGCUGUGCUACCCAUGAAUGCAUAGAUACCAUUGUCUUUACGGUUCCUAAAUUGCCAUUUGAGAAACUAUUUUAUUAGGAUUGGUGAAACAGUGUUAUAGCUAGCGCCUGUGACCAUUUACUGAAAAUUAAAUCCCACUGAGUUCAGUAAGCAUAACAUCUCUAAGUUCUGUUUCUGUGCGUGACGGAAGGCUGGCUAGCUAGCUGGGAGGGUUGUCAUCACCUCCACCCCACUUGAAGGAGAAACGACUCACCCUGUGUCUGUAAGAACCAAGGAAGCCAUCUAAAUUGCGGCAUAAAAUGGCUCCCCAUCUGAAAAUGGGAGAAUCUAUGCUAAAGAGGAAGCUCUGACAACCAGACUUUGGGGACAGGGCUAGCAUUAUAUGUGGCAAGCCUUGUUUUGGUUUCACAAUCUUCCGUAGUUCUGUGUACCAGUCAAGCCCGCAUAACAGCUGUUUCCAUAACAAUUAUCAAUAAAGUAAUUAUGGUGCAAUUCAACCCUCUGACACACAGAGCUAAACUACAUUCCCCCUCCUGCCCUGACUCACGAGCUGUGGUACAGCCACGUCAGCAAAUGUGCUUUGCAACGAGAUGCUGCAGCUGUCAGUAUUUAAAUGCCAAGGAAGGGGGCUGGAGAAAGCUUGCUGUUUCUAAGAAGAUGCAUCCAAUGUCAGAGUGUCAUGGAAGAGAGAUAGCUUGUCUAAUGGAGACCACUGCUUUGGGCAAUAUUAGAGAUAACCAGAUCUGGAAUCAGUCCCCACCACCACCACCUUCAAAUAACUUGGGUUAUUCCAUUGCCCAAUAUUGAUCCUGCUUUAUCCUCUUCUACUUACCGUAUUUUUCGCUCCAUAGGACGCACUUUUUCCCCUCCAAAAAUGAAGGGGAAAUGUGUGUGCGUCCUAUGGAGCGAAUGCAGGCUUUCGCUGAAGCCUGGAGAGCGAGAGGCGUCGGUGCGCACCGACACCUCUCGCUCUUCAGGCUCCAGGAAGCUAUCUGCAAGCCUUGCGCACCCGGGGGGAGUUCCCCUGGGCACUCAAGGCUUGCGGGCAGCAGCCUGCAGCGCGGCGCACGGGGCGCCCUCCGGCGGAUGCCCCGUGCGUCGCGCAGGGGCCCGCCCGCCGUGCGCGCCCAGGGGGCGAUCGCCCCUGGGCGCGCCCGGCUUGCGGGCGGCAGCCUGCAGCGCGGAGCACAGGGCGCCCUCGGAGGACGCCCCGUGCUUCGCGCAGGUGUCGGCAAGCCUUGCGCACCCGGGGUAUCUCCCCCCGGGAGCGCAAGGCUUGCGGGCGGCAGCCUGCAGCGCGGAGCACGGGGCGCCCUCCAGAGGACGCCCCGUGCUUCGCGCAGGUGUCGGCAAGCCUUGCGCGCCCGGGGGAUCUGCCCCGGGAACGCAAGGCUUGCGGGCAGCAGCCUGCAGCGCGGAGCACGGGGCGCCCUCCGGAGGACGCCCCGUGCUUCGUGCAGGUGUCCGCAAGCCUUGCGCACCCGGGAUCUCCCGGGAGCGCAAGGCUUGCGGGCGGCAGUCUGCAGCGCGGAGCACGGGGCGCCCUCGGAGGACGUCCCGUGCUCCGCGCAGGUGUCGGCAAGCCUUGCGCGCCCGGGGGAUCUCCCCCCGGGAGCUCAAGGCUUGCGGGCGGCAGCCUGCAGCGCGGAGCACGGGGCGCCCUCUGGAGGACGCCCCGUGCUUCGCGCAGGUGUCUGCAGCCUGCCGCCCGGCGCGUGAGGCGCCCUGAAGCAGAGCGCCCCUCACGCCGGGCAGACAUGGCCAGCCCCACAAGCUCGGGGGACAACGGGGAGGCGCAGCGCCGCCAUCCCACUUUUCCCCGACCUGGUUUUGGGGGGGGAAAUAAAGGAAAAAAAUUUUUCCUUUAUUUCCCCCCCAAAAAAGUAGGUGCGUCCUAUGGGACGGAGCGUCCUAUGGAACGAAAAAUACGGUACCUAUUUAAAAGAUGUUAGUACUGAACUUGAAUCUAACUCUAGAGCAGCAGCCCUGAGCCCAAGAGCUACAGCCAGAAGUGGCUCACUCUGUGAGGCAGAGCUGCAAAGCUAGCUUCCCAGCCUCUGCCACCCACCAGGAGAGAGGAAAGAUGGCUGAGAGGCCAGGGUAUGUGGGCAUACCAGCAGAGACAAUCUGGUGCUCCCACCAAAACACCCUCACUGCUCUGAUCUCCUUGCCUCCUUCAUUGGAGGUUUUUAACCAGAGGUUGGUCAUCUGUCAUGGAUGCUUUAGUGGAGAUUCCUGCAAGAAAUUGGACUAGAUGACUCUCAGGGUCCUUUCCAACCCAACUCCCAGGAAGCAGCAGCAACAAACUUGCCAGAAAGCACCAACAAAUGAUCCACUUCUGGGUAUAGCAAAUCUCUACUACAAGACUUUUCUUCUCCUAAUCUCUGUUUGUGCCUUAACUGGAGGGAUCAGCCAGGAGGGGAGUGUAGAAAUUCUGCCUUUAUUUCUAAUAUGUUCUUCUCUUCAAAACGUUAAGCUAGAGAUUGCUACCAGGUUACCUGUUUAUACUGUAAAUCACUUCAAGAUGGCUUAUGGGAAGCCAUUCAGAAGCCCAUGGGGCCAAGCAAAAGUCACACAAUGUUCUGCCACUGAGAGGUCAAGAAGAAUCAACAGGGUUGCACGCCCCCUGUUGAUCAACAAAGGGGGGUCCUCUCUAUCAACAAAGGUCAUUCAUUUAUCAGGAGCCUGAACUGAAAUGGGGUUAGAAACUUGGUCUCAUCCACACAAUUAAUGACAUAUCAAGCCAGGUUAUGCAGGCUUGGUUUAUGGAUUCAUGUUAUGCACCUGCUACGGCUGAAAUUUUUGAAUUGGCCACAACUCUCUCUAAAAAUUCCAGCACACAAUGCAUAUGUGUGAGAAACAGCUGUGACGAAAAAGUUGUUCAGCUGGUUCAAACAUUACAGCUGAACAGCACAGAUCCAUACAGUGUACCAAAGCUGCAACGUGCGAAAUGUCUAUUUUGAUGGACCUGCCUGCUUCUUCAUCAACAUUCUCACUUUCUCAACCCGGUUAAUUAUUAUUAAAAGGGAGUAAUGAAGAGAAACGUGUGCCGAAGUCCAUUGUGAGAUAAAGAGGCAACAGGCGACACCUUUUGGGGCAGUCAUGAGCCAAACACCAGCCACUACUGAGCCACCCACUGCCAGGCCUGAAGAGAAGAAACUUGCCUUUGAAGUGCCAGACAUCAUUGUUGUCGUCCUUUAUUUCGCCUUUGUCCUUGCUGUUGGAAUAUGGGUAAGUCAGCUGUUCUGCAAUGACUAGAGGUGCUAGAUGUCUCUUGUUUUUAACAAAAGCCUCUUCACUGAACAACAUAGCACUGUAGUGAUGCUCCUAUUUAACAACAUCUCUUUUCCUUUUGGCUGCAUAGAACAGAGCCAGGUUUCCUCCCUUUUCCCCCCAUCUAAGGUCCUAGGUGGGCAUAAAUCUGUGUGCAGCUGUGCUUUUCAGAGCUGCAAAGCCAUUAUUUUCCCCCUCUUCAUUUCAGUCUUCUCUUCGAGCCAGUCGGGGAACAGUUGGAGGCUAUUUCUUGGCUGGAAGAUCCAUGACAUGGUGGCCGGUAAGUAUGUAAUAACCCACAGCUUGAGAACAGCCUUUGCCAGAUGUUGCAGAUGACUGCAGCUCCCAUUAGUCCCAGGCAGUGUAAUGGUGGGAGCUGAUGGGCGCUGAGUCCAAGAACAUCUGGGGGUGCCGAGUUGGUUGCAUUACUCUUGAUCAGAGGUGGCCAGCCUUCCAGAUGUUGCUGGAGUAAAACUCCCAUCACCAAAUCACCAUUGGGCUUGUUGUCUGAGCUGAUGGGAGCUGGAAUCCAGUGCUUUUCUUUCAGGGGGUAUUCAAGGGUACGCAGUUCUGGCACCUUUUUCCCCUAGAAGAAAAGUACUGCUGGAAUCCAUCAGCAUAUUGAGGGCACCAUGUAGGCUAUCUCUGUUUGAAAAGCAGUAUUCCUUACAGUGUGGUUUAAGCAAUUGACAUAUAUGCAGAUGUCAAGGGAUAGUUGAAGGCUGAGAAAGAGGGAAGAUGAAACUGGGAUGAUCCUUGCUGUGGUGAAAAACAAAUGAAAGAACGCUGCACUAGCUGUAGGAGGAAAGUGGUGAGGGUGGGGGUGAUAAGAAAGGAAGAAUGUGGCAUAUCUUUCCUGCUGUAACAAAUAUGUAGCUAGGAAGGUUGUGCCAACUGCUGCACUCUCAGCAUCACAAAUCAUAGCCUUGUUGCACGGUUGCAAAGCAAUUAGUACAGCAAGCACUGAAGGAAAUACAUAUUGAAGAUUUAAAACUUUAGGGCAGUUUUUAAAAUACAUAGUAUGCAGGAGUGUGUGUUUGUGAGUGAAUAUGGAUGUGAAUAUGGCAAUUGACGCCAAAACACUGUUUCAAGGGAAGUCCUAGUGGACACACUGAAACUCAAUUCAUGCACAGGAUUGCACUGUUAAAUUCUCAUGCACCAAAUGAACCACCGGUGAUGUAAAGCAGGGAUAAGGAACCCAUGGCCCUCCAAUUCCCAUCAGUCCCAGCCAGCAUGGGCAAUGGUCAGGAAAGAUGGGAGCUGGAGUCUACUAACAUGUGAAGGCCUUGGGUUCCCCAUCCCUGGUGCAAAGUCUUUAGGAACAGCAAUAAACAAGGGAGGAGCUCUUCUCUAUUUCAAGCAGCCAUAUUGCUGGGAACAUAUGAAGCGUUUCAAUUCUGGAAUUUAAUAUAUAUCAGGUAACAUCAGGCUUUUGCAAAGUGGCAUUGUUGUUGCAAAUAAGAGAGCCAAUUUCUUUUAAAAAAAUCUAGCACAUCCAACAACCCUAAAGAUAAAAACAAAAACAGGACCUUUUUCAAAUAAAAAUGAAAAUUAACUCAAGUUCAAGAGCAGUUCCCAUUCCUCUCAUGAAACAACGGCAGGAGUCUCUUUUGCACUGUCUAGUAACUUCUUCAUUUAUUGAGCAACUGUGUUAGGACUGCAACUCUCCACACUAAACCACCCAGAUAUAAAUCUCCAAAAUGAUUCACUGGAAAGGCAUAAACCUUUUGAAGGACACAUUUUCUUUGGAGCAGAAAGGUAAUAUAACAAUAAUUUAAAGACCCAGAGAAAUAAGUGUCAGAGGAGUAAAUAUCCUUUUUGCCCUGUCACAAAAGAACACAAAGCUGUAGAUCUUGCAAGUGUUUAACUGCAAGCUGAAUGCAGUUUUGAACUCCAACAUUAAUUGUAAAUUCCAUAGGCUACGUUUUCUCCCCUGGAGACACGCACUCGCACCUGGUUAUUGUUCUAAUGCGCUUUGUGAUUCACUUUCUCCCAGGUGACAUGUAAGCAUUGGCUUAGCUGUAGCCUCUACAGUUUCAUUGCAGGAAAUUUAAGGGGCUGCCAAGAAGUCAAGUGUCCCCAUCAUCGUUCCUGCUGGACUUAGUUUUUUUAGGGGGGACAAAACUUCCUGGGAACUGAAUCCAAGCAGAGGCUUGGAUUCCCAUCACCCUGAGUAAGAUGGCUGUUUAGCAUUCUUCAUUUUAUUUAUUUCUUGUUUUGGUAUCCCAUGGAAGCCCAGGGCAGCUAACAGCAACAGCAAGACACAAAAUAUAAUAAAACCAUGAUUAAAAUAUCUAGCAACAUGGAGAGUUUAAUUUGGGAUGCCUCCUAAGUGUCCUUUCUAAAUGAAGACUUGAUCUAAUAAUCCUGCUCCUGUUGCAGGAAAUCUCACAUUAUACACUACCUUCAACUUUUUGCAGAUCACCUACACUGUGGGUUACCAGAGUUUGGGUUCAAUAAUGUGGAAAGGCUGCAUACAGAGUUCCCAGAGAAGAGGGAUUGGUUGUUAAACUACUUUGGGAAUUGUAGCUCUCUGGCGGUGGAGGAAUAGGGAUCACCUAACAACUCUCAGCACCCUUAACAAACUACAGUUCCCAGGGUUAUUUGGGGAAAGCCAUGACUGUGUAAAGUGGCAUGUAUUGUGCCAAUGAGGCCUUAGUUAUGAAGCAAUUCCCUUUCCAGGGUUUCACUUUGGGGCUGAGAGGACCAUUACCUAAAUCAUAACAGGCCUUGUUUUGGGAUAGGAAGUAAUGUUUGCCUAAACUCUUAACUCUGUCUCAGGCUGAUUAGUGUGACUUUUUCUCCCCCAAACCUGGAGGAACUGUUGGUAGAGGAUGAAUCGCCGCACAACAUCCUUUUACUGCCUCUGUGUUCCAGGAUAUAGGGAGCGCAUUAUGGGUUUAGACCCAACUGCUGCUAGGAAAAUGAUAAACUGGUUACUUAAGGCCACUGUGGCAUUGUAUUACAUGGCUUUACGUCGCCUCUUUUAUACUGUCUACUACAAUAAGGACAUGUGUCUUAAGGAAAGUGUUUACAUUUCUUGGGAGCCUUUCUGUUUACCCAAGAUAUGAAUGCGUAUUGUAGCCGUUAGUCUUUCAAUCAGAGGCUUCCCAGAUGAGAUGUUUGCAAGUGUUUGCUUCAGGAAAGGUUUUCAGUCUUAUCUCGCAUUAAUAUUUUAACUAUCCCAAAGGUGAGAAGCAGGUCAGAUUCCAUAAAUCUUUGCUUAGGGCUCAGCAGCGAAAGAGGCAGAAAGACCUGCUACUUGGAAAAGGAAAAUCACAGAGCAAGUGAGGCAAUACCUUUUAUGGGGGGUGGGAACCCAGUAAUGUUGAAAAUGCUGGAUUACAAAAAAUAAAAGUGUAAGUGUUGAAAGCAAACAGCAACAAGGGAGUAGUGUCACAUUGGUCCAGUAACAGGUAGAAAAUUAGGAAAAUGGAGCAGACUAGUCUGGAAUCCUUUCCCCUAGUAUUUUGUUAGGUUGUUGAGUCUUCUUAUUUUCACAUAUACAUAAGGAGUAAGCAUUCAGGAAUAUUGUCCAGAGACAUCUGGAAUGGACGAAGCACCUACAUUUCUGUGAUAUAAACCUAUGGGGUCAAAAGCCAUAAGUUAUCUCUAGUCACACAAGCGCUUUCCUUUUUAAAAAAAAGAAAAUAACAAAAAAUAUUUCUUGCAAUCACAUCAGGAAAUAACAGUACACAGCCAAUAUGUACUGGAUACAACCUGAGGUGUGCCUCAUAACUUACGUCUACAUUUUCAUAUCUUCUCCUCAGUAACAGCACUGUUAAAAUAAACCCAAGGUAUUUCACAGUCUCUAACCUUUCACAGUUUACACUCUGUAUAUUUUUAACCAAACAGAGCCACCUACUUUGAACACACACUGCUGGGCUGGGUGCCCCAUUGCUUGUCAAGGCAAUAUUUUCCUUCAUGGCAGGCCAAGCUGAAGCUUCCAGCAUGCAGUAUAAAUAUUUGCCCGCAGAUAUGUCCUGCAUUCUUUCAUAUAAGACAUGAUCCAGUUCCACCCUGCCCCUGCUCCAGAGUCCCGGGUUUGAGAUGCUCCGGAUUGGCUAUGACGCUUGACUUGAAUCAAGUUGUCUUUACAUUGCAGAAAACAUCAAUUCAUGUAACUUUGGUGAAUCCUUGAAGGUCUCCUUCAUUAUAAUGAAUAUAUUACAAUGAAAAAUUGAUUAUUACAUGAUAAAUAUUUAUAUGUGUUUAUUUUAUAUAUUUACUUUGAAAAGCAUUUGUCCUUUGCAGAUGUUAAGUGGCUAAAAUGCAUGAUCACCAUUGGUGGAUCACGCUGCUCAGCUAUUAACCAUCUGAAAAGCGUAGACUCAAAAUUUGCACCACCAUUUUUGUUUUCAACACAGUUACAACAUUCUUAAAACAUCAUUACAUAUUGUGCAACCUUGUUCCUCUUGGCAGUGCCACUAUUUAUGCACAUUAUCCAUAUCUGUGUAUUCAUAUUUGUACAUGUAGCAGACUUAAAAGUUUGGCUGGUUGGGAGCUUCAUGUUCAGCUGGUUUGGCCAAUUAGCAAUGAUUAACCUGAAGUGUAGGAAGCAGUACAGUUGAAUGAGGCUUUGUGUGACAUCCUCCAUGAUUGGCCACCCAGAAGAUGGGAUGGCCUGAUCAGUUUUCAAGUGACCAGGCCAGCUGAUUGAUCUGACAUUAUCACUCCCACGUUGAGACUAGUUUGGGGUGUGCAUGGCCUUUAGUAGCUAUGUGUACCUUUUAAAAGUGCACACAAACAACCACUAGGGGCCAUCCUAAGACAUUUUGCUCCUUGGAACAAGGAGGAAUAAGGGAGACAAACCAAGAUAGAAAUUCACCUUGGGGAGAAAUGAGGCGUAUAUAGAUACAAGCUAGCAGCCUAAUACCUGACAAUUCUCAGAAAUUCUGAAAAAUUAGGAAGCCAAAAAAUCAGCACGGUUUUGAAAGGGUCAGUCCACCAUCUUGAUUUAAAAUGGUGUCCAAUUGUACCCAAACAUAAGCAAAAAUCCACUCCUUGUUCUCAGGAACCAUCAUGUAAAAUUUGGUUACGAUAUCAUAGGAGGUGCCCAGAUGUGUAGCAAACAAACAGCUUUCCAAAAUAUAUAGCAGAGAAAUAAACAGAGGAAAAACAUGCAGUCAGCUCCUCCAAUUUAUGCUUAAUUAUGCAGAUUAAAAGAUUAUGGCAUUUGAGUAGUCCAAGUAUUGGCAGCCAAACACUCAGAGCAGUAAAGUAGGAAUCUCCAUCACCGAUGAUCUUAGGAUGAAUCAUGCAGUCUGUGUUUUGAAACAGGGAAAUUAGAUUUUGAGGUGUGAACUCUAUGCUUUCUCGCCACAGAUAGAACAUACAGCUGACCUUUUUCUAUCAACUAACGGCAGCAUUUUGUGUUUUAGAUUGGAGCAUCCCUGAUGUCAAGCAAUGUGGGGAGUGGCUUAUUUAUCGGCCUGGCGGGCACAGGAGCUGCAGGAGGCUUGGCCGUUGGGGGCUUUGAGUGGAACGUAAGAUGUCCUUGAAGGAUUCAACUUGCUCUUGACAAGGGAUGUGGGUGUGGGCAUCAGCUUAGUCAAGUGAAGAGGUUAUCUGGUACUCCCCAAUGCCUGAGUUUUAUUGUAUCUCCAACAAGACAAUUGGAAAUGCGUAACUGAUUUCAGCAGAAACGUUAGUAGGCUCGUGUGGCACAUUCCAAUGUAAAUAAGCAGGAUAAAAUUAAUGCUAGAGCACAUUUUCCUAGAACAAACAACAGUCUGAAACUUGGAAACCUCUGUAGCUUCAGAUUUAUUUUUUAUUUUUAUUUUUUUGAAACAUUGGGCUGGAUUCAUUUGUGCUAGCCAAAGCCAGGGCAAUAAGACCCACAUGACCCACUUACCUCCCCAAAUCUGCUCAAGAGGAUCAGGAGAACCACCAGAACAGCACAUGGGGGCAUGGAGAAAGGGGAGAUGAUUCUAUCUGGCAAGAAUGAAUGAAUUAGAUGUAGGAUUGCCUGUUGUAGGUCUUGAAACAGUGCCUAUAGCAUUAAGAGCACUGAGUCACAAAGAUUGUAUAUAGCAUCAUGGUAUUGAAAGAGGCUCUUUGACCACUGCCCCAUCUUCUUUAGCCUGCAGUGCCAUCUAGGUGCGUGGUGCCACUGUUUCAUUGGCUGGUGUCACUUGCGACCUUGGAACUCUUAAAACAAGUUUCUUGGUCUGAAUCUGGCAACCUUAGCUGGAUAUGUAUAUAUGACAAAGUGGAUAUGUAUAUAUGACAAAAGUAGUUUGGCAUUAUAGUUUACUAUCUAUCUGCCCUAGCCAGAUGGGAGAAUGAGCCCCUAGUUUUUACCAUGUACCCUUGGUCAUUUCUUGUUGGUAGGAAUUGUUCUAGCUAUUUGUACUCUCUCCCAGAGUUGCCAAAUGAGGAAUGUCAAGUAAAGGGUUGGUGCCAAGGAUUAAAAACAAAUGUUUAGUGGAUAAGUUAUUCUCUAGUUCACCGCUAUGGAUUUUAGAAAGUAUUGGGGCAAAUUUGUUUCAAAAUUGAAAAGGAUGCUAACAUGAACACUACUAAUGGCAGUAUUCUACUCCUAAAUGUGAAACUGUCUUCGAGCAAAUGUUGAUUCAUAAUAGUCACUUGCAGCAAACGUCAGUUGUAUUAAUACAUUCCUGCAAUAAACUCCUACAGAGUUUCUAAAAUAAGAGGAUUAUCUUGUGGGGAAAAAAUGUUUUAAAUGACAAGUGCCUUUUAACUUUCAUCAAAUUCACGUUAUUAUCAUGAUGAUAAUAUAGUAUUUAUGGUAGCUGAGAGGUAAUGUGGUUCCCACUUCUAUAUAUUUCAAGAGGGUGUGCAGAAAGGCAGAAGAACGCAGGAGAAGUAAACCGAAAGAGGCUAGCUCUGUGCUAGCAUUGUUUGAAGAUCAUGGCUAUGCUGCUACUGGAGGAGCUGGUGCUGCAUGCAGUGACAAUGCUUCACUCACAGCGCAGGCCUGCAGCUGUCCUGAGGGAUGUGUGAGCUUCUCUGCUGCCAACAAAACCGGCAGGUUGGCUGUCUCUAAGAUGAAUGACUCCUCUUGGUGCAAAAGGUCACCCAGUAAUAUACCUCCUGUUGCAACAAAGUUCACUCUGGCUAGAACAAUGAUGUGGGAUGAAAGAGAGGGCUCCAGAAUAAGGCAGCAUUCUUCUGAGCUAUCAGCAGUGUUCACCUUCAAGCAGCCUGAUCCCAUUGCUUGGCUGAUGAUCCCAUCAGCAGUGUGAGCCCUGAUGUGCAACGUUUCAGCAGAGGUGGCAGACCCAUAGAGUUCCAGAUGUCAGAGUCUAAAACAGGCAUCAGCCCUCCAGAUGUUUUUGGCCUACAACUCCCAUGAUCCCUAGCUAACAGGACCAGGGGUCAGGGAUGAUGGGAAUUGUAGUCCCCAAACAUCUGGAGGGCUGCGUUUGCCUAUGCCUGGUCUAACAACAUCUGGAGGACCAUAGUUUCCCCACCCCCGUGUUAAGUCUGAAUCCAGCCUUCACUUUAAAAUGUUUUAAAACACCCCACCAGAUGUUUUAGACUACAGUGUGGUCCAAACCAUCUGGAGGGCACCAAGAUGGCAAAGGCUGACCUUAUCCUAUGCCUGGCAAGUAGCUGGCUUUCUUUUCUCUUACAUUUAUAUCCCAACUUUUACCCCAACUCUUCAUUUCAUCCUCACAAACAAUCUUGUGAGGUAGUUCAGGCUGGCAGACAGUGACUGGCCCAAGGCCACCCAGUGAACUUUAUGGCUGGGUGAGGAUUUCAACCCUGGUCUUCUGGAUCCUAGAGGAAUCUAACCACAACACCAUACUGGUUCUGUUUCCACAGUUAUAUAUUUGUGCUGGCCUUCAUGACAUAUGCCGGUCAAAAAUAUUCACAGAAGGUGAGAAAGGUCAAUACCCCAUUCAUAUGCCCUGACAAAGAAGGAUGUAAUUCUCCUUUUCUGGCACAACUGUACCUUUUCAAGGGCAGGAGAUAGAGGAGAUACAAUGGCUGUUGCAUGGUUUGUGUCUGCUCCCAGUGCUGCCAAAACCACAAUUUGUUCUGCCUCUUCUUUUGUAUUUUUAUCUUGUGAUUUGCCCUGAGAUCUUGGGAUGAAUGGCAGUAUAUGAUAAUAAAUAAUAAUAAUAAUACCAGAUAGAGUGGGGCCAUAGUGCUCUAUCCUAUAGCUGGCUCUCCUGCCUCAGUAUAGCAGUUCACAGAAUCACAUCGUACUUUGUGAACUUGAACAGCAGUCAUAACCUUUUUAACACUACCGCAGCGUUGGCACCCAUUUCAUUUGGGAGUGAUCACAUUCCAAACCCUGAAAUCUCCUUUUGCCCAGGAUCUAUUUCUGGCAGCCCACACCCAUGGCUUUUGUGAUUCACCCUUGUCUUUUGAAAAGUACUGAUCAAAGAUUGUAUCCAUUCUCAUCUUUACUCCAAUCUGUCUAGGGAUGGGUGGACUCACAGAAGCCCAGUCCAUCCCAGUUCUCAGAAGUGACAAGACUAAGUAUAUUCUGUUCCAUUUCCAGGUAUAUUUUUAAAUUCCACCUGCAAGCACACAUUAGCAAUAUGUGUUUAGAAGCAUCUUAUGAAGUAGUCUGAGCAUUGCAUUCACUUCCCUCAUUUUCUGAAAGUGUGUUGCUAGCCUUCCAUAGCCUGAGCAGCUAGUCUUUUUGCUGUCACGUGCCUUGAGUGAAGACAGAGCAAGUCUCCCUUGCAGUGACAAUGCUUAAUGACGUUCCAUUGCUCCUGGGGGGAAUUGUACAGAAAAAACCCCCACAACUGCCUCCAACGCUUAAAGAGGGAGAUGGGACUGGACCACUAAUAGAAUCUGCCAACCUGCUGAUUCUGAAGUGGAUCAUUCUUCUAAUCUGGCCAGACUGAUCAGGUGAGUUCACACUGGAAUCUGAGUAGGGCAGAUUCCUUCUCCAUUCUUACAUUAAUCCCAUGGCCUUCGAGCAUCUAUUUAUCCCUGCCUUCACGUAGCUGGGAACCAAGCAAGGCAUUCCAGUUGUGUAGCACAUGUUGAAUCAUUAGAAAUACUGGCAAUUUGCCUUUCCAAUUUUUAGAUAAACUAUUGGUUGCAUUGAAUUGACUGUGUAGCACUGCACAAAGUCUAGGCAUCCAUUGCAUGUGUUCUUCUUCCUUGUUAGGCCACCUGGGCAUUGCUGGUCCUCGGCUGGAUCUUUGUGCCAGUUUACAUCUCUUCGGGAGUGGUCACCAUGCCUGAAUACCUGAGGAAAAGAUUUGGAGGGCAGAGGAUUCAAAUCUACCUGUCUGUACUGUCCCUCAUCCUGUAUAUAUUCACCAAGAUAUCAGUAUGUAUCUCGGGGAAAUAGAGUUGUAGCUUGUAGAGCACAGCACUUUCACAGGGACGUAAUGGGUCAUCAGUUUGGACAAGUCAUUCCACUAUCCUCACUGAACUAGUCCUAAAUACUGGAUCAGUCCCUUCACUAUACAUUAUAUACAAGCUUUCAGGGCUACCACUCCAUGUUGGAGGAGGCCUGUGGUGGUCUCCCUCUUCCAUCAAUGGGCCCUGGUGGGCUUAUGUGAUAGUAAGCAAUGGUUGGAUCUACCUGCCAUUGCAAUGUUCUCCCCAAAACCCUCAUUACUCCAGGGUCUUAUGAGAAAUUUAAAUGCAAUGAGACCUAGCUGCCUGAUGCAGCUUGGACAACCAGCCCAGGAUUUUGUUUAAUAUGUGGGGCAGAGCAAGUGUCAGCAUAGGCCCUGUUGGGGUGAUGGAGCCUUGACAGGUGUCCAAAGAUACCAGGUAUGGAUUCUGCUAGCUUUUGUCAACACAUGCAUCAGUUGAGGUUCUGGCAUUUCUGAUGCCUGGUUUGAUUAUUUGCAAGAGUAAUUUUAUUGUAAUUUUCCAGGUAGAAUAUUUAUUAGAGAUGUCAUAAUCCGAUGCUACUGGUAUCAAGGUCCUUUUUCUUGUAUUUGUUCCAGACAGAUAUUUUCUCUGGUGCACUUUUCAUCCAAGUCUCCCUUGGUUGGAACCUUUACCUUUCUACAGUGAUCUUGUUGGUCGUGACAGCCGUCUACACUAUAGCUGGUAACUAUGCUGUAUAAUAAUGCCACUACAAAAAGCACAGAGUUCCUUUAUAUAGCCAGAUAGUGUGGACAGUUUCAGGUCAUGCUUCAUGGAUACCAGUGAGGGGGCAUCCAGUAGGUGGGGAUUUCAACUGAUACCAACCAAGCUACCUACAAUGGACUUAAAAGUAUAGCACCUGCAGUCAAGUUGGUUGGUGGGGAAUGUUGUAAAUUUCAGAUAUCGCCAGUGUGCUGCAUUCAGACUUGUGCUUUCAAAGCAACUUUGCUGGAUUUGAGGAUCAAGCUACUUGAGGUGCUCAGCUGUGUGACUGUCUUCCCUGAAGUGUGUGCUUAAGUUAAAGCAGCUGUGAGGAGCUAGUAUCUGCAGCAGGAAUUUACGAUGAGAGCAGAAGGUGUUUCUCUCUUACCCGCAUACUAUUUUCUUCUUCAAAAACAAAACAAAACAAAACAAACAAACCACCAUUUUCAAAUCCAGGUUGUCAUAUGUCAUCUUUUUCCAGGACACGUCUUCUUUUUCAUGGGUAGAGUCAUCACAGUUAUCCAUAGUUAAAAGUGGAAGUCUGCAAAUGUGUCCUCUUUUUUGCUCCUCAAAAUAUGGCCGCCAAAGGCCAGGCAGGCAUAUUCCCUCCCCAAGAGGCAAAACGUCAGGUUAGUGUAGGCAAUUUGGAAAAGAAAUAUAGCUUAAGGGGAAAGAAAUGGCCCCUUUCCCUUUCUGAUCCUGACUGCAGUUUCCUGCAACUGAUUUGUCACAAGUUUGGUCCAAAAUGUGCAAAGUUUGAAGAAACAGUGAUUUCAUUAUUCCAUUCCUGCAUUGCAGGGGUUUGGUUAGAUGGCCUUUGGGUUCCCGAAGACUUCCGGGGUGGCGCCACCGGCAAUGGCGGACUCCCUCUGAACUGGAGGGACUAGCUCUGCGGGAAGCGGGGACCCUUUUAAAAAUCACAGGCGGAUGAAGCCUGUGACCAUGGGACUUGGCGGGCACCAUUAGCGCCCCCCCAACCCGCUAAGGAACCCACUAAUGGGCUCCGAAGUGAAGAGGGGGAAGUGGCGCGGUGCUGUGAGUCAACUGCUAUUUCCGUGGAGCGAAGCCGCAUAGCCGUUGCCGGAGAGCACUGCCUUUUUCCUGGGACAAUUUGGACUUUAAAAUAAGCACCCGUGAGUACUUAGACUUUGAACAAUUGGACAUCAAAUAAGGACUAGCGAGCAGAAAAGAAUUGGAUUUUUAAAACUUACUCUAAUUUGGUACGGAACGGGAAGGUCUAAACAGGAAGUCAGCCUUCCGUUCUUUUGUAAACAGAAUAAAGCAAAGACAAUUUAAACUAGAGCUCAGAAAAUCGUCUUUAAAGGAUUGGAUUUCACCAUUUAAAAUUGUGGAACCCCCCUUCGACAGCAGGAGAAGGGGGGGGGGUUUGGACUGUUUAAAGUGACUUUAAAGUAAAGUAACUUUCCUCCAUCCUGAUCCUGGAGCGGGGUGUCAGGACUGAUGUUUGAAGUUCAUUGACCAAAGACAAGUGUUUUUGACAGAUAGCUAAAAGAAGAGAAACAUAGUGAUUCCACUGUUCCCCUUCACAUUUUAAAGGAAUAUAUAUUGACAAAGUAUCUCAAAAAGGGAAACUUUGUUGCAAGAACAAAUAGAAGUUUUCCCCCUAGAGGGAGUCUGUGAAACUGUAACCAACUCCAGGGAGCCGGCAGCUGUUACAGAUUACAACCGUGGGAACAGGCAUUUGACCUUGCAGGACAAUGUAUUCAGAAGCUUUGUUGUGUGCUCUCUAUAAAACAAAUGCCCUACUGGAACAAUUACAUGAGAAGGUGAAUUGGAUGGCGACUUCGACUAGAAAUUUUGAACAGGCAGUGGGAAAUUUUGAACAGACAGUGGGAAAAUAUGUGGAGCCCACUCAGGAAUUAAAUCAGGAGUGUGUCUUGACAGAACAGGCCCAACAGGAAUAUGAGUUUUCGGAUUUGACAAAUGAACUUGGAAAAAGCCAGAUUUGGAAAGGAAAAGUUUGGUUUGGCUUGGAAAUGGGGGGCUGACCCCCCUAUGCUGGGACGUUUGGACUUUUCAAAUAUGGCAAUGGGCUGUGAGAUGUUUGGGUUUGUGGGGGCUCUUAAUUUUGGAGGGUCUUUGAAACAUGCUUUUAAAUACUACAUGGAAUUCAGUGUUGAAUAUGGAAAUGGGGCUGAUCUGUCGAGAAGGGUUAAGAACAUUGUCAAGCUGGAGUUACCACGAGCAGGAGACAAGGGAAAAUACAGUUACAAAUAUGAAAAAGAGCUGCGGAAGGGACAUGGAAGAGACUUGAGGGCCUCGGAUAUAAGGUUGCCAGGUUAAUGGGCUAGAUCGACGGGAUAAUAAGGACUGACAAAACCCGGAACCAGGAGGAAGGGACGUUGGAUGAAGAUUGGAUUUGUUUGUAUCUCUUUUCUCUACUAUUAGAACUGUUUUAUAAAAUUGAUGAAUGUUAGAAAAAUGUUGGAAUGAAAUUACUUGGCUUUAGCAAAGAUGUUUAAAGAAUUAUGAAAGAAUAUUAUGGUUAUGAGAAGUUGGUAAGGAUAAGAUUUAAGUUUUAAGCUUUAAGGUUUAUUUUAUUAUAGAAAGAUAAGAUUAAAACAGUUUAGGGUAAUGUAAUGACAGAAUAUUAUGAAACAUGGAAAGGAUUUGCUGGGAUAAUUAAUAACUAGGAUACAAAGAAAGGGAGGAGGAGGAGGUCUAAGAAAGAAGGCAAUGACAGUUAAGGAUUUGAAAAUAAUGAAUUUGUUUUUAAAUGUUUUUAACGGUUUGUGAUGUAUUUUUGUAUUUUUCUUUUUUUUCUGUCACUUUUUUUUAUUUUGAAUUUUUACUCAUAUGGUGGGAAGGGGUUUGUUUUUUUCUUUUCUUUUCUUUUUCUACUUUGUCAACUAUUUUUAUUUGUACUUUCUUCUGCUUCUAUUUUAUUUUUUCCUUUUUGUAACAUUUUGAAAAUUUCAAUAAAUAUCUUUAAAAAAAAUAAAUAGAUGGCCUUUGGGUUCCCUUCCAACUCCACAAUUCUAUGAUUCCAUGAUUCAUUUUAUGUACUCAAAACCUUAGUUUUUGUAGAAUCAUAGAACUGUAAAGUUGAAAGAGACCCUGAUCUGAUCCAACCCCCUGCAAUGCAGCAAUAUGCAGCUGCCCCAUACGCGUUAUCAGCACCACGGUCUAACAAACUGAGCUAUCCAGGCUCUUGCUCAUGUGUUAAAAUCCUAUUCUUUUCAUUGAUUCAUUUAUUAGAACCAUUUUGUAACAGAGUAAGGGAAAUCACAAAAAUGUAGAAAUAUUGGUCUUUGAAUCAGUUCUUUCUAAUCUUUUUCACAGGUGGUUUAACUGCAGUGAUAUACACAGAUGCUUUGCAGACUGUGAUCAUGGUGCUUGGAGCAUUGGUUCUUAUGUUUAUCGGUGAGAUGAAGAUGGGAUUGUGUUGCUUUAUUUCUUUGGCUAAUAGAAUGACACAUCUUGGAAAAAACGCCAAAAACCAUCUGGGUUGAUGUCAUCUCAACUUCUACAUCAAACUUUUUUUUUGAGAAGAGAAAACUGGACUUAAGUUUAGUUACAUGUUUAUUAUGUAUCAUCUAAUAUCUGCAAAAGCUCUGCACAAUUACCGUAUUUUUCGUCCUAUAGGGCGCACCGGCCCAUAGGACGCACCUCGUUUUUUGGGGGGGAAAUGAAAAAAAAAAUUAUUCCCCCCCCCCGCCGCGGCUGCCGCCCCAAGCCUUGCACACACCUGCCCGAAGCACAGGGCACCCUCCGGAGGGCUCCGCGUGCUUCGGGCUGCAGGCUGCCGCCCCAAGCCUCGCACACCCGGCGGGACCUCCUGCUGGGCGCGCAAGGCUUGCAGACACUCGCCCGAAGCACGGGAGCCCUCCGGAGGGCUCCCCGUGCUUCGGGUGACAGGCUGCCGCCCCAAGCCUCGCACGCUCGGCGGGACCUCCUGCCGGGCGCGCAAGGCUUGCGGUCACUCGCCGGGGCUGCAGGCUGCUGCCCGCAAGCCUUGUGAGCCCGCGGGAACUCCCACCGGGCUUGCAAGGCUUGCGGAUAGCUUCCUGAAGCCUGGAGAGCGAGAGGGUCGGUGCGCACCGAUGCCUCUCGCCCUCCAGGCUUCAGCGAAAGCCUGCAUUCGCCCCAUAGGACGCACACACAUUUCCCCUUCAUUUUUGGAGGGGGAAAAGUGCGUCCUAUGGGGCGAAAAAUACGGUAAUAUGGCUUGUUUAACCAAUGUGUGGUUUGUUUGAGCAUCUGAGCCUAGCCUAGCAGAUUUAACUAUUUUGUAUUCAGGCAACCAGCUACAAUGCAAAGAUACGGUUUGUUGUUGGCUUGCAAAAUGUGGCUUGUUUUGACUAUAGUUUGGUGUCGUGCAACAACCUUGCUUUGGGUUUGUCUGGCCACUUCAAGUGCCUUCCAUGGGGGAGGGGGCAAUUAUUGGUAAUCCAUGGAGUCAAAAGCUUAAAGCCCUUCCUUCCAAACGCCAUGGUCCCAAUCCAGCUUGCCCCUCCCUCUGCAAUACUAUCCCCCAACACAAAGGAAACCAUUAACAAUUCACAUUACAAACUUCACAUCUGGUUUGACCCUGCAAAAUGUGGCUAGAGGGGACGAUGUAUGGCUGGGGGAAAAUAUGGAUGGAUGACAUGAGCUUGCUGACUGGACUGUGGCCUCUUUCAUUUUAGGCUUUGAUAAAGUUGGGUGGUACGAAGGACUGCAAGAGAAAUAUAGUAGAGCCAUCCCCAGCGUCAUUGUGCCAAACACUACUUGCCACUUGCCACGGGAAGAUGCCUUCCAUAUGAUGAGGGACCCUAUCAAUGGAGAUAUUCCAUGGCCUGGACUUAUAUUUGGCCUCUCAGUGCUCGCUCUUUGGUGCUGGUGCACAGAUCAGGUAAAGUAAAUCCGGUAAAGUAAAUAUGUCUUUCUUGCUACGUUUGAUAGAUUUAUCACUGCCCUCUACAGGAGAGUUUUAGGACUAAUUUAUUGUGCUGGGAUCAAAAACCCAUGGGAUUUUUUCAGUCAAAAUCACCAUAUGAGAUCUCUGUUUCCUUGUACUUACAGCACGUAGGAAUCAUUUGCAUUACUCAGAUUCUGAGCACGCACUAAAAAAUUCAGAAGCAGAGUUAAAGCCUACUGUUACGAGAAAAAACAAUGGGUGCCUUCAGUGCCAGUUGCACUCAGAGUUGGCCCAUUAAAGUUAAUAGACACAGCUAACUUAGGCUCACUAAUUUCAGCAAACUGAAGAAACAGCCCUAACUCAGCCCUGUUACUUGAGGUAAUGGAAUGGACUACAGUGGUACCUCGGGUUACAUACGCUUCAGGUUACAGACACUUCAAGUUACAGACUCUGCUAACCCAGAAAUAGUACCUCAGGUUAAGAACUUUGCUUCAGGAUGAGAACAGAAAUCAUGCAGUGGCGGCAGCAGGAGGCUCCAUUAGCUAAAGUGGUGCUUCAGGUUAAGAACAGUUUCAAGUUAAAAACGGACCUCCAAAACGAAUUAAGUUCUUAACCCAAGGUACCACUGUAGAAACUUUCCUUAUAGCCAGUCCAAUUAACCAUGCAUUAAUUGUAUAGUACAUUUAAAGCUCACAAAUGGUUUUUUCAAAAAUCAUUGAUUAAAAGUAUACAUUUUAACAGGAUAUGUAUAUUAAGAGAUAUUCUCUCUUAAUUUGAGAAAGGUUAUCUCUUGAAGAUUCUUUACAAACCCUCUAGCCUAGCCUUCAGUUUUUAGCGACUGCCAUUUCUUAACAAUUUGGCCAAAAGAUUGCUUUGACUAUCUUGGUUCUCUUCUGUUUCCAAGAAAAUGUGAAACAACCUGUGCAAAGUUUCCUUAAAACUAACUGGUUCUCCUUUCAGGUAAUUGUGCAAAGGUCACUCUCUGCGAAGAGUCUCUCUCAUGCUAAAGGCGGGUCUGUGCUAGGCGGAUAUUUGAAAAUCUUCCCAAUGUUUUUCAUUGUCAUGCCGGGCAUGAUUAGCAGAGCUCUCUAUCCAGGUAAGCUACUGCUGGCUGUACUAAGGCUACAAGUGCCCACAGGUGGCCAUUUACAAGGAGGGUGGACAGCUGUAAACAUGCAACCACCUACAGUAGGAACUCAUCCAGCUAUAUGGUGAGACAAACUUUCCCAACUGAUCAUUGGAUGGGCAAUAAUAUUGUGUUUGCAAGCAAUUUGCAGUAAGUUUAUAAGCAGCGUUCACAAGGUAAACACAGUCAUCUGUUGUCACCUUAUAUAUGUAUGGGUGGCACUGUCAGAAGUAAUAACAUUUGGGACAGGAAACACAUGGCAUGGAUCUCAAACACAACCUGAAAAGCAUAUGUCUGCUGCACCCUUAAUCACCCAUAAAUGUAAACAGCAACUGUUUCCUCUAUAUCUCCUAUAAUUAAAACCUGCAUUUCUUUAUUUACUUGCUUGCUCCAGAUGAAGUGGGAUGUGUAGACCCAGAAAUCUGUGAAAAGGUCUGUGGAGCGAAAGUGGGUUGUUCAAACAUUGCCUACCCUAAGCUAGUAAUGGAGCUCAUGCCUGUAGGUAAGGUAAUUCUAUUCUUGUUGAGAGUGAGGUGGACCACAUGGGCAAGCGUUGGCCUGCUGAUGAAGUGGGCUAGUGUGAGUUCGCUGGUGAAAGAUAACUAGGCUUUCCUUGUUGACUUCUUAGGACUCCGUGGCUUGAUGAUUGCUGUGAUCAUGGCUGCCUUGAUGAGCUCUCUCACCUCUAUCUUCAAUAGUAGCAGCACCCUUUUUGCCAUAGAUAUCUGGCAGCGACUCCGCAAGACGGCCACUGAACAGGAACUCAUGAUCGUCGGAAGGUCCCUUUUCUUCCCCACACCUUAAUUUGCUUAUCAAAAAUGCUCCCUGAGCAGACACUGCCCACAAACAGCCUAGUGCCCACAGUUGCCCCUUACCUGCAGGUGCACCUAGUGCAGUUUCUGAAGAGGUUUCAUGCCCACGAUUAUCAAACUUCCUUGUGUGCCCUCCUGUUAAGGUUCAGUUGGAGCCCAAGCAAGGCGUGAACUGGGGCAAGAACUUGUGAGGUGCUGCAAAAGUCAUAGGAAACGUUCCACAGCGUAUAUUCCGUUUCCAGGGCCGCGUAUUCCGCUUCAGUUAAGAACUGAAAGCAACUCAAACUGAGCCACGAAAGUCUCUGAUCCAAAUCACUGAACCUGAUCCCAAAGCAGAUUUGGUUGGACCAAACGCUCAUGUCAUUGCCCUCCACAGCUGGUGUCCUCCUGUCUUCAUACCCAACUCUGCAGCUUGUGCUGUUGGCUGUGUGCUCUCCCCAUUUCUGGGAUUGCUCUGCAGCUGUUCAAGUGACUUCUGCCUGUAAAAAAUCAUGGCCGCCAGAGAGGCCUCAUAUCUGCGGGAUGGGAGCUGUCCACGAUCAUUGCAGCAGCAGCAUGUUUGCAGCUUUCCCUUAACGUCCUUUUGGUCAAUGAAAUGUACUCUCUGUUUGAAGUCUUGACAAAGCAGCACUUGCUGAGUUUUCCCCAAACCCCGUUGUGCCAUGAGGGGGGAAAUCCCCCUCCCCCUUUCCGUGGCUCCAUAGAGAAGAUCAAAAGUUAGAUUUGUCAAGUUGUGCAGAAGUAACAUGCUUUGUCCUGCUCUUGCAGGGUGUUUGUCCUCAUUCUCGUUGCCAUUAGCAUCCUCUGGAUCCCCAUCAUCCAGCUAGCCAACAGCGGUCAGCUCUUUGACUACAUUCAGUCAAUAACCAGUUACCUAGCGCCACCCAUCACUGCCCUCUUCAUCCUAGCAAUCUUCUGCAAGAGGAUCAAUGAGCCAGUAAGUACAGAAUCAAUGAGGAGGUGCGUAUGAAUAAUAGCAUCUCCCAAAUGUCAUCGUUUCAUAGUUUUUCAGGGCAGACAAGACCAUUCAUUACGAUUAUAUUGACUGACUUUCCCUUGAAUGCAACAACUGUGGAAUUUAGGCCCAUUAGAGGACAGCAUCUCUUUAAAAAAGAUUCUCAGGGCUUUGAUUACUGGUUUAACUGAAAGAAGUGAUAAGACACAGGAAGUGAGAGGGGGGGAGCAGGGAGAAAAGAAGGAACUUCAUAAAGAUUCACCAAAACUUAUUCUCCCCCCCCCCACUGCUUAGAAAGUAAUUCUUAUUCAGAAACUGAAUUUCCCUAGCUUUAAUCUUCCAGUCAUCAAAUCUCCUUUGGUUUGAGACUUCAAGAGAGCUGAGCCGUAUAUAAUUAUGUGGGAGAUCUAGCCACAUUGUGAAAUCAAGCCAAGUUUCACUUGUUUCUUUUUGACAAACUUGCUAAAUAGACCCAUUUCCGCAGAACUGUAUGUCCUGGUAUAACACCAGCACCUCAAGUUGAGGGGAGCGCCACUUUUCUCUAAACCCACACAAGUGAGCAUUCAGUAACCACCUUCUGGGGCUCAGGACUCAAACCCCAGGUACCCCAGUGUGCAAGGAAUACCAGUUAGGACUUGACUUCCUGAGGACCUUGGGGACUGUGCCUGUACCAAACCCAUAGCAUUUAAGAGGAUAAUUUGAAUAGGUAUACUCCCUUCAAAGGGAAUGGGGCAACCCAAACAUUGACCAACUCACUUCAGGUCUUUGCCCCUUCAAACCCAGUUAAGGGUAUUGGGGUGGGGAGUGGAAGGAAAGGGCUUUGUUUUUGUUUAAAGGGAAUUUCAAGGAAUAAAAAGAAGAGGCAUGAUAUAAGGUAAAACCAAACAAAAACAGAGAUCCGUUAUUCUAGGCUACUUGUAGAUGUGCAAUAUAAUUUCCUGGCCUUUUAACCCAUAGGAACCCAUAGUUCUUUCAUCAGUUUCCAACAGCUUUGUUCUAGAUUCCCACCCCCCUCCCAGGUGAAAGCCAUACAUUUCAUGCAAACUUAGGUUUUUCUAUCCAUUCAGUCCCCUUUGCUUGCUUUCCCUCCCCUCCCCUUCCCACGGGCACUCUUUUUCUAGCUCAGUAGAGUUCCACUGCUCUUUACAUCAUUGUAACUCCAACCACUCCAUAAAUGAACCCACACAAACAUACGCAGCUACAUAAAUGUCAUUUACAUAGGUCUGUUGUUUACCCAGUGUGGUUUGGGCAAUGGCUGCAUUAAUUCUGUUCGUAUUCCAGCUAAUUGUAUAGCUUGACUGAUGAAAUGUACAGGAACUUGGAGGGGAUCAUUCUCACUUAAUGCUGAAGAGCUAGUUUGGGACCUAUCAAUGUUCCUAGGGAGACUGAUGGUCAAAGCGAGAAGGGUCCUGGAGAAACUCCACCUGAUAAUAUGGAUGCUUUUUAAUCUGGGUUCCAACCAGGCAUGCUGUUUUAUCAUUUCUGUGCUUGCUUUAACGCAUCAUUGCAAUUUCAGCCCUAUGUCCUGGGCACUAACUUGAUAUCUGAUCCUGAGUUCAUGCCCCAAUGCUGUCAGCCUAAUCCUAACUUCUCUUCCUGAUCUGAAAGCCAUCUUCUCCAAUGCUGUAGCAGUGCAACACUAUAAUCAGUUCACUCAUUAGUCUUUGCUGUCUUUUCAAUGUAAUUAGUCCCACGGGAGCCUCUCUAGAAGUUUCCACUGUGCUUCUGCAGUAAUUAAAGGCUUGUAACGAUGUGGGUUCUUAUCUUGAAAAUCUCUGCCAGGAUGGAAUUAGGGACCCCCGUUUUCUGUUAAGGACUCAUGCGGUUGGUCCCACUCUUUGUAUGCCUUUAAACAUUAUACUAGUGCUGUAGGAUAAACUGUCCAAAAAGCUGUUCUGAAGGCAUUACUUUAAAAAGGUAAAUACAUUGGCUCAGAGGCAGAGGCAGUGGCCAAACGCUUAUUAUUCUAGGGAUGUGGGUUUUUUUGUUACCAGAACCAAGAUAACUAAGUUAAGAUUUGAAAUAAGGCUUUCUAAGUCUAGGUAUGGCAAUCUUAUAUAUUAGGUGACAAUGACUCUCAUAAAUAAAUACCUGUGAAAAUUUAAAUGUAGUACAUACGUAUAAAUUAUAACUAAAUAUGUUUUUAGCCCUUCUCUCAAUAAAGAACGAAAUUGGAUCAUGUUAAUUUCCAAACUGGGAUGUUGUAACAAAACCAGUAAGCAAGUUGGUGGACUGGAUUUAACUAACUCCUUCCACCAGUGGAAGCCAGCCCAAGGAAUUCCACUAGCAUAACAGGGCUUUCCCCAACUCUCCCCCCCCACACACACACUCUAACCUCCACUCUGAAGGGACAGGAGAACCUGCAAAACACCAUGUGUUGGUAGUGGAGACGCCUCCCUUGGGCAAACAGAAAUACUUGCACUGAUGGAUCAAUCUCCCCAGCACUUCUUUGAAUCCCACCCCAUGUUUCCAACUCCUCCACUCAAAUUUCAUCACAUCUCCCUAUGUUUUCUUCCCAGGGAGCUUUCUGGGGACUGAUGUUUGGGUUAGCAGUCGGACUCGUUCGGAUGGUUAUGGAGUUUAUCUACAUGGCGCCCUCCUGUGGUGAGGAGGACCAGAGGCCAGCUCUGUUGAAAGAUGUGCACUAUCUGUACUUUGCUAUCCUCCUGUGUGUGCUAACGGCAGCUGUCAUCGUCACUGUUAGCCUCUGCACACCACCAGUCCCAGAGGAAAAUGUAAGUGGCUUUCAAGGAUGAAUAUUCUUUUUAAAACAGAACACCAAAACACUUGCUUAGUUUUCCUCGUUGUACCUUGGACCCCUCAGUACUACUGUAAACUGAAAAGCCCUACAAAGAAGUCUUCCUUCUGAAUGAUCUUGCUUCCCAGGUAUUAUAGGGUUAAAAAUCAUUUAGACUCAGUGAGCACUGGAAAUGGAGAGCAGGCUUCCAUGCUGUGAGGACACUACUGGCACAUCCUAUCAAGUAGAGAGGCAGACAGUGGGGAAGAAAUCAUAUUAGAAUGGGCUGCUGAGGAGGGGAUGUAAUGGCUCUAAUUGAACCCUCUCUCGUAUUUCAGAAGAGACGGCAUCAAUCUUGUAAGCUAACAAGAUUAAUAUUGUUGGAGCCUUGGCAUUUAGAAAGAACAUUCCAUCCCAAAGUGAUCUCAAUUACAUUGAACGACUGAGGUUUGGUAGCAAAGAACUUUAUUUCAUUUGCUGCAUAAAACUGGUAAAAAAAAAAAAGUUUUCUUUCAGUGAGUUCUUGAAGAGAUGCUUUGAAUACUUUCUCACAACUCUGGUUUUCCCAAAAGCAGUCCAAUCCUGGUUUUACUGGGUCAGCUUAGUGAAUAAUGGAAAGAGUUUUCCUCAGUGAACAAAAGUAUGGAUCAUAUUCUCAACUGAUGUGAAUAGACAAUGGGUUCAGAGUGCCUGUAGCCAUCAGCUUUCCCAGGUAGCCUUCCUUCCAGGUGGCAGACAGCUUCAACUCCACUUAACUUCCCAUAUCAGAGUGGGGCUCUCAAAAUUGUAUGGCCUAGGAUUGGUGAAGAGAUUUGUUCAGGCUGCAUUUUUCAGUGAGCUGGACUAAUAUAGCCUGAAGCAUAAUUAUCCUUCAGAUUUUGCACUGGUCCAAAUUUUAGAAUGCAGGUUUAAAAUACAUAUUUUGUGAUAAAAUGUGUACUUAAAUAUGAAUUUUCAGACAGAUUAAAAAAUAAUAAUGUAAAUAUGUAAUGGAACACAUGCAAAACUGGCAAGGACUGAAAAGAGAAUGGGCCAUUCAUCCUAGCAUGGCCACAAAGGAGUGAUUAGCGAACCUCAGGCUGAAAUGAUCUCUUGAAUGAUAUAAUAAUAAAUUAUAAUAAUAAUUUAUUAUUUGUACCCCGCCCAUCUGGCUGGGUUUCCCCAGCCACUCUGGGCGGCUUCCACAGAGACCAAAAAUACACUAAAAUGUCACACAUUAAAAACUCUUGAACCUAUGCUUUUGAAUGGAUAAGGACCCUGGCUCAUUGGUGCAGAGUUGAGUACAAUCCUCCUGGAGUUUUAUCUGGGAAAGAGUGACUACACAUGGCCUCACAAAACUUUCUCUGAUGACCUUCUCCUCUGACAGUAGCAAAUGGACAGAAGAGGAAGGAGAGAUUUGUAUCUGGUGUUUGAGGAGUACCGUUAAUGCACCAAGCUUUAAAUGAAUUACAGCCUAAAAACAGCAAGCAGAAGCAUUUUUCCCUGCUGUUUUGGACACUCUCCCAUCCCUGUGGUGAUGGAUGCUGUACCGCAAAACAAAUAUGCAAAGAAUUUGUUUGGUAUGCCUCAGAGUUCAUAUGUCUUCAUUGUACAUAGCCCAUAUUGUGUCAUGUCGUCCUUGAAAACUCUGCAAAGGAGCUUACAAUUAAAUUUGAGACUGUGAAGCUGAAACGCAACUGCCAGAUGCCAGAUGGCAUUUUGGAAGAGAAGGAUUUAUUCUAGUUCGACAGAGGAAAAAGGGGGAGGGAAAACUUUUUUUAAAAUUCUUGACAAAGUUUCUUUUAAGGUUUGUCAGACCGAGAACACGAGGAAGUGGGGAGUGGCAGAGGAGGAAGUGAGGUCACAAGAGGAUAGCGGUACUAUAUUAAUUCAAUUAAAAACUAUAUCCCACUUUUAUUUAUAAAAUAAACUCAAAAUAGAUUGCAAAAAUAGUAAAAUGUCUAAAUAGACAAUGGAAGUCAGAAUUCUUUCUCCUCACAGCAGCAUCCCCCCGUCCCCAAAAACUGAAACUAUUCUACUGAGGGUUAGUGAACCCUACUGAAUUUAUUUCUUUAGAUGAUUUAUAUGUCCAGGGUGGUUUACAGCAAAGCACCCAGAUCAAAAUCCAUAAAAACAGAAUAAUCCUUUAACAGCACAUAACAACUAAAUAGUGAAUAACAAGUAACUAAUAGCAGCAACAGCAGCAGCAAUCACAUCUCCCCUCCUCCAAAUGCCCACUGAAAAAGAUGAGUCAUAACUAGUCUCCUAAAACUAUAGAUGGAACCAAAUGCACAUUAGCAGUGUAUCAGGAGCCACCACUGAAAAGGCCCUUUUCAAGGCUAUCACACCAUGUAUCUCAUUCCACAGACAACCAGGUGGGUUUCAUCUGUUGAUCUUAGAGCAUAGACAGGUCGAGCCAAGCCAUUGGGGGCUUUAAAUGGGGUAGGCUGGAGCAUGGGGAGCGAGGGAGAAGAAAGAUCCCCCAAAAUCAGGCAGAAACAUUUACCCAUGUUGCUUCCACUCAAUUUUGUGGGAUUCUCCCUCAACCCUUACGGUUAUUUGAAUGUCAUUCAUUCAUCAGAUAAGAAGGUCCUGCAGCCACUGUACCUCCCAGCUUGUAGGUUUACUACUCUUUCACCUGCUCAGUGUAGUUUGUAGAACUCUAGUAUGUGCUUGAAAAAAACAAGAGAAGACAGGCUAAGCAACUGAUGGAGUAAUGGGGUCUCAGGUUGGCAUGAUGGGCCUUUCAAAGACACAUGGUCUCUCUCCAGAUGAAUACAUAUGAACUCUAGUAUGUCAGAAAUAAGUGUCCUACACAAGCCAAAGUCAUGAUGAGCCUUGCCCAUGAAUCUGUUUUCUAUCCAAUAAGUGCAUUUUAGAGUUACAAGCAUUAAUCACGCCUGCACUUAAAUUAGUUUAAGUGUUUUUGUCGCUACUGCUAAAACUAUUUUAUUUCAUCCUAAUGUAUCUCUUCCCCUUCACUCACCAACAAGCCAUUUGUGUUCAGAGGAAGAGGGAAAUGUCUCCUGGAUCCUUUUGUGUCCUCCAAUUUCAUUACAUUCUAGUUAGAUUUAAUGAGUAACAAAAAGGGGGGGAAAGGAAAGGAACGUAAAAAAGAAAGAAAGAAGCCCCUAAAAGGAUUCUUCAGGAAAGAUGAGGAUCAUCAAAUCAAAGCAAUUUAGCACAAUGUGACAAGAAAGAUUAGCCUUGCCUGAUGCUCAUCUUGGUUGAAAAUAAUUUAAAUAAAGCUAUAAAUCUUCCAGAGAUUAUACAACUUUUUGUGUCAGCUGGAAACUGCCUUCCAGAUUUUGUGCCUGAAAUUCAAAGUAUUAAAACUACUGUUCAUUUAUAAGUGACCUUUUGAGAGUUACUUUCCAAGUAGAGUAGUAUGCUAAUGGCAUGCUAUGUGCAAAUGUGUCUGUAUUAGAACUCCCUACAACAUUUUUGUUUUUUAGAAAAGCAACUUUAGGAGGGGUCAGUUUGGAGCAGAGAAGUGUGUGUGGGGGGGUGUUUAAUGCUUCAGCACAAGAGAGAUGGGUGGCUUCCACAUGAACUGGUGCUGCUUCCACAUGCAAGUUUUCCAGUGUUCACAUGUCACCAUCCUCUUCAAAAUACCCAGGAGGUUCCGGUUCUCUCUUAUGUUUUGUAUAUAUAAAGGUUCUGUGUGCCACUCUACGAUUCUAUGACUUUAUAUUAUUGUGAUUCUGGGAGACAGCAAAUCGCAAGGUACUUACUUUUGAGUAGACAUGCAUCAGAUUGUGAUGUGCCUUUUUAGUAUGAGUUGCAGGACAACCUAUCCGCACACAAUUUGUGUGGCUAAAGCCAUGCUCCUUUAAGCCCUUCUGUAUCAAUCUGGCUAGAUCUAAAGCAAGCAGACGCAUAAGCUAAAUGACACACAAAUAUUCUGCAGCUUUCACAACUUUGUUUUUGAUUUGCAAAUUACCCAGCUUGCCCGACUGACAUGGUGGACUAGACACAGAAAAACAGAUGAAAAAGACUUGGAGAGCCACACCUGCCCAAGCACAGAGAUGGUUUCCUCCAAGAGAGAGAAUGAUGUAGAUACUGUUCAGUCAGAGAAUGGAGAUUUAGUAUGUAAAGAGCAUGGAGGUAUGUUACCUGUUUUCUCCUGCCAGUUGUAUUUUUGUGUGUGUGCACAAUGUACAUAGAACAUCCAGGGUCCAUCAAAGCCAAUAGAUGACUAGAAAGCUUGCUCCAUAACCUUGUGUCCUCCACUUAGUAUAAGUGGUUUGCCAAACUAGACACGCCAUGGUAGAUAGGUGUAACUUUCUGCUCAUGUUAUAAUGUAUAGUACUUUUUCCUGAUUUUAUGGUUGUAUCUUUUUGUAAACUGCUUUGAGAGUUUUAACAUCAAGCAGUGUAUAAAUUUUAUGAAAUAAAUAGAGAGAAAUGUUCCUAGAAAUUAGCCGAAUCUAUUAGCAUCAUAGGUUUUGGUUUUUGCAGCAUGUGCCAAAUGCUACAAAAACUGAUCAUUGUAGCAUCCAAUAAGUUACAUUUUAUACCCCCCCCCCCAUGGCUGUUGUUCUUUAAGAGGCCUAUUUUGAAACAAUUUCCUUUCAUGUUUAACAUUUCUCCACUGAAAUGAGGGAAACCAAAGACUGGAAAGCUUAAUUGCACUUUUGGUCAGAGGAGUUACUCUUUUACAAGUGCACAGCACUGCAAUGUGAUCUUCUGGCAGGAAUUUGAGAGCAGAAAAAGGAAACCCAGUGGUUGCAACUUGAAAGUUGGAUGGAUGUAAAGUGUUGUGUUUAGCUGGGAUAAUCAUCAUUCAUUAUCACAAAAAGAUCUUGCAUAAAAUGUUUUAGUCAUUUUCAUACAGAAUGCGAGAGUCAGCUCAGUGAGGAGAUGCCACAAAUAUUUGUUUAGGAUUAAAGCCAUUCUCCUUGCCUCUCAGUCUAAUCCACAGCUAUAAUGGAGAACAACAACAAAGCAGCUUAAAAACCAAUAAAUGUAUUAUGACAUGAACUUCUGACAAAAUAGACUGCAAUCCACUAAAGUAUAAAUCAAAGCAUAAUAAAUUAGUUUGGUCACAUCCACACCAUACACUUAAAGCACAUUUAACAUGCAUUUAAGACACACUGAUUCUCACAAGGAACCCUGAGAACUGUGAUCUCUUAAGGGUGCUGGAAAUCCAAGCUCUGUGAGGAGUAAACUGCAGUUCCCAGGGUUCAUUGUGGGGGCGCCGUGUGCUUCAAACGUAUGGGGUUGUAUCCAGCACAGCUAAAAGUCACUUAGCAGUAUACUUGCUCCACUGGUGAAAUGUUUUGUACCAGUGGAACAUUGUUGCAAGAGAGAAUGCAUAAGCAAAUUUUUGUGCAAUCGGCUAUGCAAUCUGUUGCACUAGAUUCCUCUGCUGCACAACAUUUAAACUCACCCUUGCACUGGCAGACAGAGCAUUGGAUAAAGCCUGUGGCCUUUAAGGUGCCACAAGACUUUGUUGUUUUUGCUGUAGCACACAGCUACACUUCUGGAAAUUGUUGCAUAGCAAGUAAAAUGGGAUAAAGUUUACAAAGCCCCCUUCCCCCAAAUCCUUGGAUUUUCUAACUUGGCUGAAUUCCCACCCUUUGCUCAGAGCUGUUGGAUUUACCUUCAUCAAAGUGUUCCUUUUAAAGCUCAUUGUCCCAUAACUUUGUACAAGGAUGGGGAAACUGUGGUCAGGCACAUGCUGUCGGGCUCCAACUACCAUCAGCCCCAGACAUUAUGGCCAAUAGUCAGGGAUGAUGGGAGCAACAUCUGGAGGACCACAGGUUCCCUAGCCCUGCUUGGUGUCUAUGGAAUAACAGCUAUGCUAGCCCACAUUUUAAGUCCAGGCUUUUGAACUGAGAAAAAAGGCAGGGAAUCAGGAGACGGGGGCCCUAUUAUCCUCUGAAACUCCUUAUUGCGUGGACAGGCGGAGUCCCCAGAUCCCGCGCAGUCCCCCCGUCAUGUGGAAUAACGACUCAUGACAACGUGCUAUGGGAUUAAAUUGGCCACAACUUUAUUAAACUUCAAAUGUGGGUAGACCUUGGCUCAGGCAUUUGGCGUUCUCCCUCCCCAGUCCCCAGCCGGGGACCUAGGGAGCAUCAGGGUUAUCCAGUGUGGGGGGGGGGGAUGGGCCGGCUCUGGAGAACAUAUGUUCAAGCAGAGAUAGCCACCCCCGUUACGCUGCCGCCGCAGGGGAGAGCAAUGACGACCUUUCGGCGUAUGGUCAAAGCCUCCCUUCAGAAACCCCUUUAACGGGGAACCCUGGUAUCGCCGCCGCAAAGAGGAAGAUGGACUAAAGGAUUCCGCCCAAGGCCUGAUACCGCCAAAGUUGUGACGUUUUGCUACGGGAAAGGUGAAACCUGCCAAUGCAGGGAAAUUCCUUUCCGGCCCCUUAACAGCGACCUUAACGUAGCAGCGCCCACAUACCUGCGAAGAAAAAUUAACCUGCAAAACCUGUGAAGAAAAGUUAACCUGCAAAUAAGACAUUAACUGAGGGUGGGUAGGGUGGGAGAAGCUCUGGAGCCAAGUGAGGAUUCCCAGGUAAGAUCCUCCCUCUAUUGUGUGGGCAGGUAGGCAGGUGGGCAGGAGACCUGGCCUGGUCUCCUUAGCAACGCUUCCCCCAGGUGGGAUUGGACAACUGACUGAGGUAGGCGGAGACCUCCAGGUAUCCCACCUGAGGGAAGGCAAACCAAGCCUAUGCUGUUGGAGCCAGUCCAGAUCUAGGGGCUGCGCGUGUCCACGCAAAGGGCGCCCCCCGUUUUAAGCGGGGAGCGGUCAUUGUGGAGAGGUCCAAAGGAAACAGGUCUGGAAACCACUGAAAAACGAGGAGACCAGACUUUUAUCUGUGGGUCUGACAGGUAGUUUGAUUCACAUUCAAAGCAGCUGUUCAACCUAAUGUUGUUAAUUAUUUGUCACCUUUGUUUUCACAUGAAGUAAACUCAUCUGUCCUUGCAUCUGUUUGUAAACAGCUAUCCUGAAGAUGAGGUUAUUAGCACUGACGGCAAAGGAAAUGUAACAUCCUUCAUGCAAAAGCAUAAUGAGGCUCUCUGUGUGUGUGCUUAUGCCAUUUUAGUACCUCAAAGGGCUGUGCUUGGAAAAAUAAGUGGGAAUGAUAUAAGAUAUAAGGGUUUCCUUCUGUUUUAUAUCUGGUCUGUUCUACCAUGAGAGAUGAAGAGGUUCAACAGGUGAAGUGAAGCUUUCCCUAGCAGGCAGAUGUUGUUAAAGGCACAGGAACUGAGAAAGACAGGGCAACAAUGCUAUGAACACACAUGUCAUAUUAACCAACAGAUCUCAUUUGCUGGAGGGACUUCACAGAAGGAAAGCAGGACAACAAAGCAAGAGCCUCUGUACUUCACAGCCUAGCAUCCAGGAGCAAGGGCUUUACCUGUGUUCACUAAUAAGGUCCUUCCAACAGUGCAACCAAUAGUAUUGGUUCCCAUUCAUUGUGAAAUGUCCAUGGGAUCUAAAUGCUGCUUCCUGGUAGCCUCAAUAGUUAGGCUAUAGCAGUGAUGGCCAAACUUGGCCCUCCAGCUGUUUUUGGACUACAACUCCCAUCAUCCCUAACAGGACCAAUGGUCAGGACCAUUGGUCAGGGAUGAUGGGAAUUGUAGUCCCAAAACAGUUGGAGGGCCAAGUUUGGUCAUCAGUGGGCUAUAGUCUAGAAGUGGGAGCCAAUGCUGGAGUUCAAGUCACCUGGGGAUUGGGGUAGUACGUUGACCAGCAGUAUAAUGUCCUCUUGGCUCCAGUAACCAGUGCAGGAGCUAUGCUGUACUUCGGAGUUGGGGAACCUGUGUGAGUUCGUGACUCUGCCAUACUUUGUCUGUCUCUGUCAUAAAGUUACCUCAUCCUGCUAAAACUGUAAAAUACCAGUAGUGGUUCGUAUAAACACACAAAACAUUUUUAAAAACCCACACAUUUUCCUCAUUUCCCCCCCAUUCAGGAGUGAAGCAUCCUUGCUGGAAGAAAGUGUUUUUCUGGUUCUGUGGGAUUUCCACUGACCCCAAGCCCACUUUAACCAGAGAGGAGGAAGCGGUGCUUGAAAAGAAACUCACCAGCAUCAAGGAAGAGCCAAUGUGGAAGGCUGUUUGCAAUGCCAAUGCUGUAGCUCUCUUGGCUAUUAACAUCUUCUUAUGGGGAUACUUUGGAUGAGCCCAGGAUUGCCUUGCUCCAGUUAGAACAAGCACAGGCAUUAACCGGAAGCUACAAGUUGCAAUUCAUCCAGCCGUGGACCUACACUGUGGCUUUAGCUGGUCCCCUUCUCUCAGGCUCCACCCCUAUCAGUGAUACCUUGACCUACCUCAUUGGGUUGUUGUGAAGACACAUGAUAAAGUGAUUUACACACCACAAGUCUAAGAAAUAUGUAUUAUUAAUAGCUGUUACUUUCCUCCAAAGCUCCAUGCUUCUGAAAAUGGAAAUACAUUUUUAUUUAUACAGUC